AUGAAGCCCUCGAUGUGCUUUGCCUUUUUAAUAUUGGCCGCCGUUUUGAUCCAAACUAUAUCAGCAAUGCCCGCACCUGAGAAUGACCAGGAGUAUGCCCAAGAGAUGUCCGACUGGUUGAAUACUCUGACGGCAAGGGACCUUCCUCAAAUGGUUGACAGGACAAGACCAUGUAGAGCAGAAGGAUUCAUAACAUUCCCGAAGAGAAAUUCAGAAUUGAUUAAUUCACUGCUUGGAUUACCGAAAAAUAUGAACGAUGUUGGCAAAUGA